CCUCGGUCCCUCCUUCCUCUCCUCCCCUCUUCUCCCUGCCGCUGGACUUCCCCCUGCCCCCUCACCACCCCUUCUCUUCAGCCAGGUUUUCCUACUCCCACCCAAGAAGGCACUUUCUCUGAGUGUAACCAGCCCGCCUCUGUUGUGUUGGCAGGACCGGACGAGAAAUCCUCCCGAUCCCUACCUACCCGUUUGAUCCAUCGCACAUCCCAGUCACGUCUCCUCGCCGACCCCAGCUGCCGGCAUCUGUGAGCAGAAGGCCGGCCGGCCGGACCCGCCGAGGGCUUGCGGAGCCAAAGGCAGGGGAGGUUGGGAGUGGAGGAGGGUGGUUGGAGGGAGAGCUGGGGAGGUUUUCAUUGGCUGCUGCCCUCCCCUGUUCAAUGCGCAGCUUCCCUUAUCGGGGCAUCUGGAAUCGCCAAACCGAACGGGACAAGGACACUGCCGGCUGGAGCUUUCAAGGAGGAGCGGACACCUCCUCAGACAGAUCGUCCGCUCUGUGCCCAGGGCUGUGACCGGGUGGCUUCAGGGAUUACCUGUGGUAACUUUCCAGCGGCAACUGGAUAUUCAGUGGUCAAAAGGGGGGCUAGGAGGAAGUGGCCCCUGGCUCACCAUGAGCUUGCCUCGUGCCUUUGGCUCCCUCGCUCUGAGGCUGGCAACGGGGCCUCUCGUCCCAUGGAACAUGAAAGCAGACCCCGCGGGAACCAUGCACUGAAUUCCACUCCUCUGAGCCGGAGCCCCGCACCGACAGGAUGGGCUAUUCCGACCCCACGACAAAUCGGGACCUGCUGGGCAACAGAAGUUUGUUCUUCAUAUUUAUCUGCGCAUUUGCCGUUGUCACUUUGCUGCAACAGAUCCUGUAUGGCAGGAACUACAUCAAGAGAGGGCUGCAGUUUAGCUGGCAGAGUGGAGAGGAUUUGGCAAAUUGGACCGGGCUCUUUAAUUUCACGGAGGAUGGAGCAGAGAAGAGUGGCAGAGACGCGGGCACCAGGUACUUUGAAUUUUACGAGGGGCCUUUUGAGUUCAACUCUACCAAGUGUCUGGAGCUAAGGCAUGAUAUUUUGGAGAUCAAAGUGCUUUCUAUGGUGAAGCAGUCGGAAUUAUUUGACCGGUGGAAGAGUCUCCAGAUGUGCAAGUGGGCGAUGAACAUAUCGGAAGCCAAGCAAUUCAAGUCUACUCUGUCUCGGUGCUGCAAUGCCCCCUCCUUUCUGUUCACCACCCAGAAAAACACUCCUCUGGGGACAAAGCUCAAGUAUGAGGUGGACACCAGUGGCACCUACUACAUCAACCAGGAAAUAUUCCGCAUGUUUCCCAAGGAUAUGCCAUACUAUCGCUCCCAGUUCAAGAAGUGCGCAGUGGUGGGGAACGGAGGCAUCCUGAAGAACAGCCGAUGCGGGAAGGAGAUUGACAAUGCAGACUUUGUGUUUCGUUGCAACUUGCCGCCUAUCUCGAAGAAAUACACUGUGGAUGUGGGGGUGAAGACAGAUGUUGUGACCGUCAAUCCCAGCAUCAUCACUGAGAGGUUCCACAAGCUGGAGAAGUGGCGGAAGCCAUUCUUCCAAGUCCUGCAGCUCUACGAGAAUGCGUCGGUGCUGCUGCCCGCCUUCUAUAACACCCGCAACACGGACGUCUCCAUCCGCGUCAAGUACGUGCUGGACGACUUCGAGUCCCAGCAGCCCGUCUACUACUUCCACCCCCAGUACCUGAUCAAUGUGUCGCGCUAUUGGCUCAGCCAGGGCGUGCGGGCCAGGAGGGUCAGCACGGGCCUCAUCCUGGUGACCGCGGCCUUGGAGCUCUGCGAGGAGGUGCAUCUCUUCGGCUUCUGGGCUUUCCCCAUGGACCCUUCGGGGCUGUUUGUCACCCACCAUUACUAUGACAACGUGAAGCCCCGUCCCGGUUUCCACGCCAUGCCCUCGGAGAUCUUUAACUUCCUCCACCUGCACAGCCGAGGCAUCGUCCGCGUGCACACGGGAACCUGUGGCUGCUGAAGUUGACGUCUUUUCUGCCUCCCCCUCGCCUUUCUCCUUUCCGCUGCACAGGGGGGUGGGAACGUCUCAAUGAGCUCAGUUGGGGAGGGGAGGGUUAUGCCGCAGUUGGCUGAUGGUUGUCUCACUGGAGUCUGCCCCUUCCCAAUCCAUAGGGGGGUCACUGGUGGGGCUCAACUUUCCCCUUCCCACCAAGGGCCCAGGGGGUGACUGGAUGGGCUGACUUGCAGCUUGCCCAAGGCCAGAGCUGCAGCAGGAUUCUGGAGAUUUCAAACGAAUAAGCACAUUUCCGCUAGGCUUUAGCCACCGAGAGAGCACAAGAGGUUGUGGGUUCUUUUUUUUCCCAGCCAGGAGAAGCACUAAAGAGAAUUCCCUGAAAAGAGAAGAACUGGAACGCGUUUGGGAUUGCAGUCGGGAGUUAGGUGUCCUGAGUUAUCACUGGCCUAUCCAAGUUUAUUUAAACUACCAAACCCUGGCACCUACCUGGGGAUGGAGAGUCUCUUUAGUUGGAUCAGAAACUAGCCAGGAAAAAAGUGAUGUAUCUGAGUCCCUAUGGUAUUGGAUAAAAACAGAUGAUUUUCUUUUCCCCCGUGCAUUAAAAUUGAUUUUGUGAGAUUUGGGGCUGGCCAGGUAAGCUCAGAUUGCCCCAUGGAUGGUCAAUGACCAGUGUUUCUUUUUUUAUGGUAUCUGUUAAGUGCUCACUAUGUGCCAGGUACUGUACUAAGUG